ACAGCGGCGCAAGGGCUGAACUGAGUAGGCCUAUUUAUUUUCUUUUGGCAUUUCAUGUUGUAAGUCUAUUGUUAUCCGAUCCCGCUCUAUGUCAAAGAUGACGAAACGAGUAGCUUUGGUUACUGGAAGUAGCAGCGGCCUGGGGUUGGCAAUCGUCAGGAGUCUGUGUAAGAGGCUAGGCGAUGACGGUAUCGUCUACCUGACGGCCAGGAAUGAAGGUCGGGGCUUGGAGGCCGUUGAUGUCCUUAAGAAAGAAGGACUCGGCCCGAAGUUUCACAUACUCGACGUCAAUGAUCAGGACAGUAUCGAGACGCUCCGAGACGACAUCGCCGCACAGGACGGAGGCUUGGAUAUCCUCGUCAACAACGCAGGCAUAAUCUUUAACGAUGAUACACCAAAAGCAAUUCAAGCGGAGAAAACGAUACAGACAAACUACUUUGCAGUUCGGAAUGUGACCAACGCGCUCCUACCCAUCAUACGGGACGGGGGGAGGGUUGUUCACAUUGGCAGUUUAGUGGCUCCGAUGACUUUCUACAAGAUGAGCAAUGAGAUGCAACAGAGAUUCAGAAGCGUUAACACUGAGCAAGGGCUCAACGAUCUCAUGCAAGAAUUCGUCGAUUCCAUCAAGUCCGGAGAACCUGUCCAAAAGGGAUUUGCAGACUGGUCAUACGGAACCAGCAAACUGGGCGUUACGACCCUUACCCGUAUUCAGGGUGAAGCUCUCAGGAAGGAUUCAAGCAAAAAGGAUGUCCUCAUAAAUUCAUGCUGCCCAGGAUUUUUAAAGACUAGUUUCACGUCGCACUUCGACGAGGAGACCGUCAAGCAGAUGAUCAGUCCAGACCAAGGAGCAGACACCCCGGUCUACCUGGCUCUCCUGUCGCCUGGGACCAAGGACCUACAGGGCCAGUUCCUCUUCAGGAGAGAGAUCAAAGAUUUCUAUAACAACGACAUCAGACCCGUUAGUUAUGUAUAAGAACGACAUCGGACCCGUUAGUUUUGUAUAAGAACGACAUCAGACCCGUUAGUUUUGUCUAGGAAUGACAUCAGACCCGUUAGUUUUGUAUAAGAACGACAUCAGACCCGUUAGUUUUGUCUAGGAACGACAUCAGACCUGUUAGUUUUGUCUAGGAACGUCAUCAGACCCGUUAGUUUAGUAUAAGAACGACAUCAGACCCGUUAGUUUUGUCUAGGAACGACAUCAGACCCGUUAGUUUUGUCUAGGAACGACAUCAGACCCAUUAGUUUUGUCUAGGAAUGACAUCAGACCCGUUAGUUUUGUAUAAGAACGACAUCAGACCCGUUAGUUUUGUCUAGGAACGACAUCAGACCUGUUAGUUUUGUCUAGGAACGUCAUCAGACCCGUUAGUUUAGUAUAAGAACGACAUCAGACCCGUUAGUUUUGUAUAAGAACGACAUCAGACCCGUUAGUUUUGUCUAGGAACGACAUCAGACCUGUUAGUUUUGUCUAGGAACGUCAUCAGACCCGUUAGUUUUGUCUAGGAACGACAUCAGACCCGUUAGUUUUGUCUAGGAACGACAUCAGAUCCGUUAGUUGUGUCUAGGAACGACAUCAGACCCGUUAGUUUUGUAUAAGAACGACAUCAGACCCGUUAGUUUUGUCUUGGAAGGGUAUCGGCGAAUGAGGGUCUUAUUCUGUGAAUGAUUAUUAAUAAUAUUAAAAUAUACAAAUGUACCAUACAGCCAAUCUUAGAUUAUUCUUGUGU